CAGGGGCAGGGGGUGUUCACUCAAGGGAAGACACCUACAGGUGCAGGCAGGAGUGAGCUUCACCUAGGCAGGGUCAGGGAACAUGAGGGGCCCUCCCAGGUGGAGACACAGUGGAGGUUGAGUGGGGGUCUCACCCCAGUGGGGACACAGUGCAGGUGCAAUAAGCAUGGGGCCCUCACUGAGAUGGACACAGCAUUCAUUCAGGGAGGCAGAAAUGGGGGCCCGUUGUUCAGGCAGGGACCUGGAGGAGGUGCAGGCAUCUGGGGGACCCUGCCUCAAGAGGGGCCAGGUGCAGGGAGCAGGUAUUGGGGUCCUGGAGCCAAGAGCGCAGGUAGGAGUAGUGGAGCUCAGAUGGAGGCUCAGAAGAGCUGGGCCAGUCUCCAGAGUCCAGGGCUGGCUGAGCGUGGCCAGUGGGUCCGGGUGUGUUGCAUGCCAGGAGGAUGCCAGGCUGUGGGGCAGGGCCCCUGUGGCCAUCCUGGCUGUGCACCUGGGUGGCAACUGGUGGGGCGGGAGCUGGGGCUGCAGGUGUGGUGUUCCCAGAGGCCCAGGUGCCCUCUCUCACACUCCCGGGCCCUCUGGGUUAUGGGAACCAGCCAGCUCCUGCCCUGUCCCCUCAGGUGUCCUGCAGGCACAGCUCCUCGGCGGGGCCCAGGCCAAUGGCAGAUCUUAACGUGUCCCUCUCCUUCUUCUUUGCCACCUUCGCCCUCUGUGAGGCGGCCAGGCGGGCCUCCAAGGCCCUGCUCCCAGUGGGCGCCUAUGAAGGCUUCGCCCGGGAGGUGGUGGGCGCGGUGCAGCUCGGGGCCUGCUGCCUGGAGAUGAGGACGCUGGUCGAGCUCGGGCCCUGGGCUGGGGGCUUCGGGCCUGACCUGCUGCUCACCCUGCUCUUCCUUCUCUUCCUGGUGCACGGGGCCACCUUGGACGGGGCCUUGGCCAACCCCACCGUGUCCCUGCAGGAGUUCCUCAUGGCCAAGGUGUCUCUGCCUGACACACUGCUGAAGCUGGCGGCCCAGGGGCUGGGCAUGCAGGCCGCCAGCACCCUGACGCACCUCUGCUGGGCCUGGGAGCUCAGCGACCUGCACCUGCUACAGAGCCUCAUGGCCCAGAGCUGCAGCUCAGCCCUGCGCACAUCUGUGCCCCACGGGGCGCUUGUGGAGGCCGCCUGCGCCUUUUGUUUCCAUCUGAUCCUCCUGCACCUGCGGCACAGUCCUCCCGCCUACAGGGUGCCCGCCGUGGCUCUGCUGGUCACCGUCACGGCCUACACAGCCGGGCCUUUUACGUCCGCCUUCUUCAACCCUGCCCUGGCCGCCUCUGUGACCUUUGGCUGCUCAGGACACACCUUACUGGAGUAUGCCCAGGUGUACUGGCUGGGCCCUCUGACAGGGAUGGUCCUGGCUGUGCUGCUGCACCAGGGCCGCCUUCCCCGCCUUUUCCAGAGGAACCUGUUCUACAGCCAGAAGAACAAGUACCGAACACCCCGAGGGAAGCCGGCCCCGGCCUCGGGGGACACCCAGACCCCUGCGAAGGCCAGUGGCCGGGAGCCUGGGCGCAGCAGUGUUGAGGGGCCGCAUUCCAGCUGAGCGGCCUUGCUCUGUGUGAGUCCGUGUGAGGGCCCUGCUAAGAGGGAACCCCGCCACUCCCACAGAAGCCGUUUAUCAAUAAACCAUUCCUAAGGCCUGUGUGUCCCCUGGGCCCAAGA